CACUAGUUGCUCAAACAGACGUAUCUCCAACCCUUUGGACGGACCAGGGAGGACCUUCGCGCCGAGAACCCGCUGCUGGGCGGAAAGGAGGUUGUGGGCGGUCUGCAGGAUGCCCAAGAGCUACGAGCUGAAAUUAAGAGAGGCGGAAGAAAGGAGGCGGAAGCCAAACAAGCAGCAGCAGGAAGAGAUCUACAAGGCCAUCGAGGGCAAGUCGCAGAAGAUUAUGUUGGGUUUCGACCAUCCCGAAUCACUGCAGUUUGAGAUGCAGCUCACCUGGGUGGAAGACACCUGGACCAUCGACCAGUUGCACGACCACCUCCUGUCGGAGGUUCGCCGCAUCGAUGCUGAGUACAGGCGGAAGCCUUUGCAGGGCAACUAUUCGCAGAAGUAUGUGUGGUUCGAUCGGUUUCUUUUGAGACCUCGGGUGCAGGGCAGAGAGCUGACGCUACAAGAUUAUGGGAUUGAGCCAGGCUUUCGGGUGAAGAUCAGCCCGUUCUACCAAUCUGAAAUGGUUUGGGGACAGCCAUGGCCCUUCGACUUCCGCAAAGAGCGUCCAAAGGAUCAGGUGCUCCCUGCAGAGGAUCCAGAUUUGUUACUUCGCUUAGACAAAGGUGGCGCUGGUCUUUCGACUCGCGUGAUCUUCUUCCCAUGGCUCGGCGGAAGCAGUUCUGCGUACAUUCCGGUCGUGCAGAAGAUGCCCAAGGAUGUUGCUUGCUAUGCACUGGACAUGCCUGGACGGGGACAGCGAGAGGAUGCCGAUGGCUACCCGAGCGGCCUCUUUGCCGUCAAAGUCAUCGCCAUGACUUUGGCCAAGGAGCUGCGCCGUGGCUCGAACUACGUCUUUGCCCACUCGCAGGGAUCCCAUUUCGCCUACUACGUGGUGAAGCUCUUGCGAAGCAAUUACAAUGUGGACGUGAAGGCCCUCUUCGUGAGCAACUUUGCAGUGCCCAGCUCGAUGGCUCCCUUGGAGCUCGACACGUUGAAGAAGAGGCAGGCGCUGUGCGUGCCGCUGAGGAUCUUCACCCAUCUGGUCAAGGGAGGCUGGGGCUGUGACCCCAAGCUUGCCUAUAAGAGCCACAUGGGAUACCAGGCAUAUCAGAGCCAAGAGCUUUGGCCAGUGGCGCGGUCACUCAUUAUUGACCACUGGAUUACCAAGGACUUCCCCCUGCCCCGUGCAGACGAGCCUCUGCAUUGUCCCAUAGUUGCUUUCUACGGCAAGGAAGAUCCUGCCGUGUCUCUCGCACAGGUGAAGCAGUGGCAGUACCUCUCUUCCCACCCAGACGUCUUCAAGGUCAUCCAGAUGGAUGGUGCUCACAUGUGGUUCCAGAACAGCAGCACCAUGUGCGAAGCCUUGGCCACCGAGCUGGGGAAGCUUCUGCGGAAGUUCUGAAGACGGAGCGAUGGAAAAAGCAGGGAGCGAUGGACAUGGAGCGAUGGAC